CGGCGGCCGAAAUGAAAGUAAGCGAAGAGCAUCGAAACUUCCCGUUUCACACAAAGUCAAAUGUGUUUGUUGUUCCGCAUCUACGGCCUGUUGUGACAGGUAAGCAGACCGGCGGAACCGAGUCAGAAUCGGUGGCUGACUGACGGACUUUUGCAUGACGAAGAAGAAACGAUACAGACUUGAUGUGUUUCUCUUCAACUAAAAUGAAAGUGGAGCUCGGAUUUGUUUCCAAAUGAGCUGCUAUAAACGAGGCUCCUCGCUCCUACCGGCGUCACAACGCCCACUGCUCAGCUGAGGAAGAACCAGACAUAAGAUGGCUGACAAAAUCAUCGUUUUCAUUGACCUGGAGACCACUGGAUUAGAUACUUCACGGUGUGACAUCACCCAACUGGCCGCUGUCUGUGAGGAGAGCGUCUUCAAUAAAUACACUGUCCCUCAGCAAAACAUUGAUAAGGGCGCCACAGAGGUCACAGGCUUCAGAGUGCAGUCGGGUCGCCUGUUUCUCCACGAUUCUCCCGUGGAAACCGUCCCAAUCGAUGACCUUCUGACCUCCUUCAUCGACUUCCUGCGCUCCUUCCGACGCCCCGUAGUGCUGGCGGCCCACAAUGUGAUGCGUUUCGAUGCGCCUGUGCUCACCAGAGUGAUGAAGAAAUAUGACCUGUUCCUUCAGUUCCAGCAGGUGGUGUCGGGCUUCCUGGACACCUUCUUGCUUAGCAAGAGACUCUUCCCGGGCAUUAGUGGCUAUUCACAGGUGUCUUUGGUCAGGAACUUCCUGGGAAAGUCCUACGAUGCUCAUAAUGCAGAGGAGGACGCCAAGAUGCUGCAGGAGCUCUAUAACGUGUGGAGACCUGACCAGUCUAGGGUCAUGGCAAAUACUUUUAAAGUAAAUGAAAAGUACUUUUACUAAAGGAAAAAGCCUAAUAACAUCCCCUGAAAACGAACCGAUGUAUCAACAGAAACAAAACAGUUCUGAGUCAGGAUAAAUGUGGUUUCUUUUUUUGUCAUCAUGCACCUCUAAAUCAAUGGAAAUAUUAAUAAACAAUGAAGUAAGACAA